AUGCCUGACCCUGACCAUACGGUGGCGGAGUUUGAGGACGGAACCUCAACGUCAGCCGUAACUGACGAUCCCCUUGUCUGGAUUGACUGUGAGAUGACGGGACUGAACCCUGAUACGGAAGAAAUUCUUGAAAUCUACUGCCUUCUCACCACGGGUAAUUUGGAAGUCAUAGAUGCACAAGGCUUUCAUGCCGUCAUCCACCACCCAGCUUCUCGGUUGAGCCAGAUGGGCGAAUGGUGUAGUCAGACGCACGGCAACUCUGGCCUAACAUCAGCUGUCUUGUCGUCAUCUACCACACCGGAACAGGCCGCUCAAGGGCUGUAUAACUACAUAACAAAACACAUACCAGAGAAGCGCAGAGCUCUUUUAGCUGGCAACAGCGUGCAUGCUGACAUGGCGUUUCUGAGAAAGAAGCCGUACGCCAAGGUGGUAGAGCACCUGCACUACCGCAUCUUGGAUGUAAGCGCCAUCAAGGAGGCUGGUCGACGGUGGUGCUCGCGUCAAGUAAUGGCACAGGCACCCAAAAAGAAGACAAGACAUCUGGCCCGGGACGAUAUUCUGGAGAGCAUCGAGGAGGCCAGGUAUUACCGAAACGCCAUCUUUCGACGACCGUCAUGA